GGGGGGUGAGUGAAACGCACAAAGUCAAAGCAUAAAAGCAGAGAAGGAGAAGGUAACAAAAGAAAAAGAGCAAAAUACAAAUUUUAUAUUCUGCAUAAAGUACGUUUUAUUCGCGAGUAUUGUGUGCAUGUGAGGAAUGAGAAAAGGCAAACGGUUGCUGUAGAACUACGAUUAAAUCUAUUAAAUUGUGCCUCUGCUGCCUGCCGCCCCCUCCACCCAACAAACAUACACACAAAGCAAAGCAACAGUAGUAACAACAACAACAAAGCAAUAGCAAUCAUAAAUUGUGUGUGUGUGUGUGUGACCAUGAACAACGGAUUCAGCACCGGUGAGGAGGACUCACGAGGCGGCCAUACCGACCAAACAUGCUGCCUGAUCGACGACAUGGAACGUUGCCGAAAUCAAGCUGGCUAUGCCAGCUAUAGCAAACGUAUACAGAAAACAGUGGCGCAGAAACGCCUCAAGCUAAGCAGCGAUCCAAGUGCGCAGCACAUUUACAUUUGCGAUUAUCACAAGGCAAGAAUACAAUCGGUGCGCACGAAACGUCGUCGCAAGGACAGCGAAGAUGAUAGCAAUGAGACGGAUACGGAUCUGCAUGAGUUUCCCGAUCUCUAUCAGCUGCAUGUGUCCACGCUGCGUCGCUACAAGCGCCACUUUAAGGUGCAGACGCGGCAGGGCAUGAAACGUGCCCAGUUGGCGGAUACCAUUAUGAAGCAUUUCAAGACAAUACCCAUCAAGGAGAAGGAGAUUAUUACGUUUUUCGUGUAUAUGGUGAAAAUGGGCUCCAAUAAAUUAGACCAAAAGAAUGGUAUCGGCAAUGAUACCACUUGAACGCAACUCUUGCGGCAGCGACGCUAUCGAUAUCGUUAUCGCUAUCGCAAUCGUUAUUGAUGCCGGCUGUCCCUCCUAACACAGCUACAAUACAGCGCUAUCGCUGUGCUGCUCUCACCACACACCACGACACGAAAUAACAACAAACAGACAAGGAAACACAAUCAAAAAUCACAGCAACAAAAAAAAAAAAAUACAGAUAAAUAAGGAAAGGGUUUAACUACAGUGAAAUCGAAAUAGCUGCAUAUGCAGCCAUGCUUUAUAUACAUACUAUAUAUAUGUAUAUAUGUUUUUUUUUUGCCUAAUCCAAACUAUCAGUGCUUUUAAAACUGUUCAUAAUGAGGCUCGGGGCUCAUUACGAUAUGGUUCGAUUUUUGAGGAAUAUAAAAUACGUAAACUUUCUUAUUUUUUACUAUACACCUAUCUACAUAUAUACAUAUAUUUUUCUUAGUAUUUAUUUAUUUUUUUUGUUUGCUUACUUUGUAUGGCUUUGUUGUAAGUUAGCGCUGCAAUAUUAGAAUUUUGUAAGUACGUCGAAAUGAGGAAUUAUUGUAUUUUAAUGGCAAACUGUUGUGUAGGCAGGUUUCACUGUACCCAAAUAGCCCAACAAAUGCAAUGCGCACAGUACUAUAUAUAUAUACGAUUAUAUAGCAGCAAGAAAAAUGCAAGAACAACAUUAACAUCAAUGUUAUUAUCAUUAUCAUCAUUGUCGUCAACAACAAAACACUUGGUGCUCCCAACAAAAAACAAAAACACGUAGUUUAAAUGAAAAUAUUGAGAAAGUGAAGGUUAAAGUGAAAGCAUAUAAAAAGUAAAGUGAAGGAAAGCAUAGUAAUCUGUAGCGUUCGUCGUUGUUAAUAGAUCUUUAUACAAAUUCUACAUGCAUAGAUAAUAAUUAUUAUAAUAAUAAUUAAUAAUAAAUGUGUAAAUUAACAUGGACCCAAAUUUCUGGGGCCAACAAAACAUGAAUCAACUAAACUAACUAACAAUUUACCUUAACUGAUCUUAGCCUUUCUUCUGUUCUUGUCACCACUUUGGCCAAAAAGCAAUCAAAUAAAAAUUCUAAAUCUGCCAACGUGAAAUGAAAUGAAUUAUAAGAACAACAAUCAAGAACUUCAUAACAUUCUACGUAAAUUAAAACAAACAAACAACAAACAAAGCAUACAAGUAAAGUUAUUUACAAACAAAAAAUGUUUAAUAAUAUUUAAUUAUUCUAAUUAAUGCUGUAAUUAUAUAAAUAUAUUUAAAUUGUACACUUGUAAUUUUAAACUCAUUCUAAGAAACUUAUUAAAAAACAAAUUGAAAACAUCUUUUAACUGAUUAAACCUAGUAUACAUACAUUAUACUAAACAUUACAUUAUAGAAAUCGG